CUUAUUCUAGACUUUUUAUCUAUUCUUUUAUGAAUUGAUCUAUCAACCUACAAAAACCCAAGUGUUUGUAAACAAGCAUAAAUUUUCAAAAUCUCGGAUUUAUCAAAUCAUGCAUCUUGAUCUUUAAGGUAGUAAUGUUAGUGGGUUUUAUUUAUUCAUUUUCGUUAAAUAAAAAAGAACAAGGAAAAACUGGAAAACAAUUUCCGAAUCUUCCAAACACUGAUGGUAUAUUAGAUCGCUUGGAAGGACCUGAACAACUGCGAAAAUUUUUUGUUCUUUCCUGUUUACAUUUUUGAUUUCUUCUAUCUUUGCAUUUCCCAAUAUCGAUUCCUUAAAGUAAAAAAAAUAAAAGGCGAAAAAAAAAGGUAUGGAAUAAGCGAGGACGAUAAACUUGCAGUGACUUGUUUGAUAUUUUCACCUAUUAUAUUGAGUGGAAUUGUAUUCUUGUUGACGUUUUUUUUUCGCAUUGCUAGAUUCUGCUAUUUCUAACGUUUGGUUCAGUAGCUGUUUAAUCUUUUAGUUUCUUUUUUUGUUGUUUAUUUCAAUCACAAAACAUAAUAGUUUUAAAUUAUGUCGUUUCAAAAAUUCCCCCGUCAUUUAUUAUCAAUCCGUGAUUUGAGCCGUGAAGAGAUGUUAAAGCUCAUCACUCGUUCGGCAGAAAUCAAGCAUGAUUACAAAAAAAGAUUUGCCAAUAGGGAAAACGUUCAGCUCGGUGGACUGGAGGGUCAAAACGUUGCCAUGAUCUUCAACAAACGCAGUACACGUACUCGUGUCUCUGUCGAAACCGCUGUCAACACCCUUGGCGGGAAUUGUAUGUUCUUAGGAAAAGAUGAUAUCCAAUUGGGUGUCAACGAGUCCUUCUACGAUACCUCCAAGGUGAUUUCAAGUAUGGUUGCAGGUGUGGUUGCUCGUGUGAAUAAGUAUUCAGAUGUCGCCAAUUUCGCCCAACAUGCUUCUUGUCCCGUCAUUAAUGGUCUCUGCGACACGUUCCAUCCUUUACAAGCUUUAGCGGACUUGCUCACCAUCCAAGAGGCCUUUGGCACCUUUAAAAACUUGAAACUUGCCUGGAUCGGAGACGCUAACAACGUCUUGCAUGAUCUGAUGAUCGCUUGUGCAAAGGCUGGUAUCGACACAACCAUCGCAAAUCCAAAGAACGUCGAGAUCCGUAGUGAUAUUCUUAAUCUUGUCCGUGAAAGCUCUAAAGAAACGAACGCCAAACACAUUAUCAGCCAUGAUCCUGCGGCUGCUGUUCGAGACGCAGACAUUGUGGUUACAGAUACCUGGAUUUCCAUGGGCCAAGAGGCCGAACGCCAAGCUCGUCUCAAACAGUUUGCUGGCUUCCAGGUCACAGAGAAAAUCAUGCAACUAGCAAAACCUCAUUGUAAAUUCAUGCAUUGUAUGCCCCGUCACCCCGAGGAGGUCUCAGAUGGGGUGUUCUACGGCCCAAAUAGCUUGGUGUUUCAAGAAGCUGAAAAUCGAAAAUGGACCACAGUCGCUGCUCUUGAAGCUUUGGUCGUCAACCGUGGUAAUAUUUAGACAUUUCCUACAUACUUCCUGUUUCCAGCUUCCUUCUCCAUAUUUUCAAAUGAAUUUGCUAAUGUUUCCUUUUAUUUCUUUGGACGCGUGAAUGAAAGAUAAAAACUGUAUGUUCUACAAAUGUCACUGUCAUAGUUCUUACGUAUAUAAAGAAUGAAUGCCCAUAAAAGAAACGGACGAAAAGAAGAAUUCAUAGUAGAAUACAUUCAUGGUUUAUACUACAAGACGAAAGAGCGUAUACCCAAUAGACUAGAAAAUCUGUGGGAUUUACGACUAGAAUCGAACAAUAAACAAGCUUAUUCAAUAGCAAAGCAAUUAU